AUGGAUCCUUCCAAGUUUCUUAGCUUUUUUCUUGUACUGAGUUUUGCCUUUUCUUCAGCAAAUGCCGAAAUACAUUUCCAUGAAUUUGUUGUUCAAGCAACGCCGGUGAAGAGGUUGUGCAGUAAUAACAACAUAAUUACGGUCAAUGGACAGUUUCCUGGACCUACAUUGGAAGUUCGAGAUGGAGAUACUCUUGUAAUCAAAGUCAUCAACAGCGCACGUUACAACAUUACACUCCAUUGGCAUGGUAUUCGUCAGAUGCGAACACCAUGGGCAGAUGGUCCAGAAUAUGUUACCCAAUGUCCUAUUCAACCUGGGGGAUCAUAUACAUACAGGUUCCCUAUUGAGAACCAGGAUGGAACAUUGUGGUGGCAUGCUCAUAGCAGAUGGCUUAGAGCUACAGUUUAUGGAGCACUCAUUAUAUACCCGAAACUUGGUGUUCCAUACCCCUUCACAAAACCCAAUAAAGAAAUCCCUAUACUUCUCGGAGAAUGGUGGAACAGGGACAUCAUUAGUGUACUUCGACAGGCUCAGUUUACAGGGGCAGCUCCUAAUGUUUCUGAUGCAUACACCAUUAAUGGGCAACCUGGUGGCCUGUACAAAUGUUCUAGCAAAGAAACCGCGAAAUUCUAUGUGAAAUCUGGGGAUAGUGUACUUCUCCGAGUCAUCAAUGCUGCGCUCAAUCAAGAACUCUUCUUUACAGUUGCCAACCACAUGUUAACCGUGGUUGGGAAUGACGCAGCCUAUAACAAGCCUUUCACAACCAGAGUCAUCAUGCUUGGGCCUGGACAGACUACAAACGUCCUCCUUUCAGCUAAUCAACCUGCAGGACGUUAUUAUAUGGCGACUCGUGCAUAUGCUACCGCCCAAAAUGCACCAUUUGACAAUACAACUGCCACUGCUAUUCUAGAAUAUGAUUCUGUUCCCUGCACUGCCAAAACUGGAUUAGCCCCGAGACCAUUGUUGCCACCACUUCCUGCAUUCAAUGACACUCCGACUGUAACAGCAUUCACCAGCCAAAUAAGAAGUCUUUCUACGCAAAAUGGUCAAGUCUCUACUCAAAUUGAUGAAAACCUGUUUUUUACUGUGGGAUUAGGUCUAAUAAACUGUAUGCCUGGACCAAGAUGCCAGGGGCCAAAUAACACACGCUUUGCUGCUAGCAUGAACAAUAUAUCCUUUGUCCUUCCUAGGAGGACGUCCUUAUUGCAAGCGUACUAUCAAAACAUACCAGGUAUCUACACCACUGAUUUCCCACCUGUCCCUCCAGUGAUGUUCGAUUAUACAGGCAACGUGAGUCGUGCACUCUGGCAACCACGGAAAGCAACUAAGUUGUACAAAUUAAAGUUUGGUUCAAGUGUACAAAUUGUGUUACAAGACACUGCUAUUGUCACAACAGAAGACCAUCCGUUGCAUCUCCAUGGAUAUCAUUUUUAUGUUGUUGGCCAGGGCUUUGGCAACUUCAAUCCAAACAGAGAUACAGCGAGAUUCAACCUCAUUGAUCCGCCUGUUCGCAACACAAUUAACGUGCCUGUUGGUGGAUGGGCAGUUAUUCGGUUCGUGGCAGAUAACCCAGGAGUUUGGCUUAUGCACUGCCACAUAGAUUCCCAUUUAACCUGGGGCUUUGCUAUGUCGUUCUUGGUCGAGAAUGGACCUGGAGAGUUGCAGUCAGUUGUGCCCCCUCCGCCAGAUCUUCCUCCUUGUUAG